AUGGAGUCCAGCCGCCGACUUGCUGAUUUCAAGACCUGUGAUUUGGGAGACACGCACGAUUUGGCUGUGGUCGAUGCUCUUUGGAUGAGUGGGCCUAGUGGAUGGCUCGCUGUCACAGCUGGACAAGAUGGAAGGGUCAAGCUUUGGGAUCCUUUGACAGGCAUUUGCAUCUGGUCCUCUGAGCCUAUCCUGCCCCCGGCGGUCCCAGAGCCUUGCACCAGGGUAGUAGCCAAUUACGACGCCGGUGUCAUUGCAGUGACAUAUCGCAGCGGAGCCAUCCGUGUUUGGUCCGGAUUUCACUUCAAAAUCACCGAGCGAACCAACAUCUUCCCGACCUGUUCAACCACAGUUUCUCCCCUUUUCACGCCGACGGAGGAGAACGAAACCAUUGAUGUCCUCGCGUUCCAGAUCGACGCCAACCCAACUACCCCCACCCUCGUGGUAGCCUUUGAUGGUGACCAUUUCUUCCAUCGAAUCGAUUUCAUUGACAAGCUCGAGAGCCAUACUGUGACGUCCUUCGGCGAGGGAACGCUUGGCACUUUGUCGGCAGUUACCCCAUGUAUGUCCAGCGACUUUGCUGCUUCGCGGUUAGUGGUUACAGGAGACCGGCUGGGAUGUGUCGGUGUCUAUCUGUGGGAUAGUGAGCCUUCCUGUAGCCCCGUCCCUCCAGUCCACAAGUUCGAAGCGUUUCGAGACGGAUCGACAAUCACCUCUAUCGCUUGGAACGGUGUCACUCUUGUCACGGGUUCAGCAAGAGGAAUUACCCACAUAUUCGAUGGGCUGUCGCUUGAACGUCUCAAAGUGCUCUCGUCACCUGUUCCACCAUUCCCUCGUAGGGGUCCUGUGCCAACAUCCCCUGGCCCAGAUAUGCGCGCGGUACAUCACAUCCUACUUGGUCCCAACAAGGACGUCAUCUUCGUGGGCGUUGGAGACCGCGUUUUAGCUUGGAAACCUGGGCCCGUUGCGAGAUACCUGAGGGGCGGUAUGAGGACUCGCGCUGUGCCGCGAAAGUCUCCCAAGAAGGUCCAAAGCGGGUCUGCAAAGUGGUCUCGUCAAUUUGAGAUGAAGCAUCAUAUUGUCGAAUCGAAAGGCAUCAUGGACGAAGAAGACAGGCACCAGAGCCAUAUCCGAAGCAAUCUCUACCAGCAGCGCGCUCAGCUUCGUAAGAUGGGGUUGAGUGAAGACGAGGUCGUCCAGUACAUCCUCAUGAUGUCUAGAGACGAAGAUACUCCUACUCCCCCUACACCUCAAGCAACUGCUAGCACCAGGCCCUCCAUCAAUGGAUUAGAUGGUUUGACAGACGAGGAGCUUGCAGCGGCGUUAGAAGAAGGGAUGUUCGAACUAGACUACGAUCGCCCCAUCACCGCCUCGGGCCUCGUUUCCGUCCCUUCGUCUUCAUCCUCGAGCGCACAUACACCUGUUCCGCUAUCGCCCUCUAGAACACCCGCUUUGCGACCUUCUUCUUCAAACUCCAAGGUGCAAGUCUCACCGCGUUACGUUCCCGAACCUAUGCAGGCCGGUAUAGAAGGCUCUUCCCCCUCGUCACCAACCCCUCGUCGACCGAUACCCCUUGGCCAGGCCGAGCAUUUCCCCGUGGUCGGCAGUGGUACCGUUAGUCCAGCUUCGUCCGUAAGCGGCGGCAGCGCCACCUCAUCACGAAGGAACAGCAACACUUCCGCGUAUUCCGAAACCCAAAGGCGGCCUUUCAAAUCGGCCUGGAACGCACCUCUCCGCGUAUCGUCAUCAAGUACCAGCGCAGCUUCGCCAUCGACUUCCCCUGUCGCCAACGUAAUAGGACGAUCGCCACCCACCCCAAGCAGCAGCCGGAUCGUUGCGAACCCUGUCCAGCAAACCAAUUCAUUCGAUGAUAUGGAUGAUGAUUUGAGGUUUGCGCUCGAAUUGAGCCUCGCUGAGGCGCGUAGUCGUGGAGAAAACGUGUAAUCUCUUCUUUAGCAUGUCCGAACCAUGUAUGUCUUCUCAAUAUGCCAACUAUUUUCU